GUAUGAUUGAGUUAGUCUUGCGCUUAUAGUCAACCAGGAUAAGAGUUCACUUGGGGACAAACAAUAGUUCUUGAGUACCGGCCACGUCCAGAAUGUAGGCUCGGAUCGUGACAGUGCAUGCGUGCCUGCAUGCCUAAUUCAUUAAUAGUGACGAUCCAACAACAACAACAACAAUAAUAAUAAUAAUAACAACAAUAUGUGAUGUGUUGAAUAAUAUUUUCUACUAUCUAACUUCUCACAACAAAUUAAAAUCUAUAUAAAGGUUACAAUGUUACUAACAUUUUCUCACCACUUUCUUUCCAAAACUUAUUGUAAUUGAAGAAAAUAUGGGUGUGAAAGGCAAAUUAAUUGCUUCAGUGGAGGUAAAGUGUAAAGAACACCCAAUUCUUGAUUUUUUUCACAUCCAUACCCAUCAUAUACCUAAUAUAAGUCCUAAUAUUAUCAACCAUUUGGAGAUACACGCAGGUGAAGCUGUAAAAGUUGGUUCGAUCGUUAGCUGCAAUUAUAACGAAGCUGGACAAAAGAAGUCUGCUAAGCAAGUAAUUGAAGCCAUCGAUCUUGAUAAGAAAUCAAUCACUUGGAAAGUGAUUGAAGGAGAUGUGUUAGAUUUGUAUAGUUCCUUUACUGGUACCCUAUCUUGUGAACAUGAGUGGACAACAUGGACAAUUGAAUACGAAAAGAAAAAUGAAGAUAUUCCAGAGCCUCUCAUUCAAUUGGGUCUUCUCCUUGACUUAACCAAGGAUAUAGAGCGUCACCUUUUCAAGAAAUAAAGGAUAUACGAAAAGAAAUAAAAGAUGUAUAUCAAUGUGUGUUUGUGUUUGUGUUUGUGUCACCUUUUCAAGAAAUAAAGGAUAUACAAAAAGAAAUAAAAGAUGUAUAUCAAUGUGUGUUUGUGUUUGUGUUUGUGUUUGUGUGAUGAUAAUUUGCAAUAUUGGCUAGCUCUAGCUAGCGUGUGGAAUAAAUAAUAUUGUGUGAAGAGUAUAUUAUAAUAUGUAUCUCUUUCUAUGAAUGUAUGUAUUUUCAAUGGUCAAUAUAUGUAAAAUAUUAUGCA